GAGCUUUUUCCGGGGGCCCCUGGCAGGCGCCUCUGCUGCCGCAUUGGCGCAGUUUUUGUGUCAAGGACAAUUGAUUGGCGAACCUCCUCUCCCCCUGGGCCCGCGCGUUGCCUCUGGCUUCUGCUCGCCACUCACUCCUCUCCUCUGUCUGGCGCGCGGUAGCUGUCGUUAGGCCCCUGUCGCACAGCCGGGACGUGAACGCAUCCCUUUUGACGCCAAUAUCCAGUAGCCAUGGCUCACCUCGACAAACUGAGCACGAAGGAGUUGGAGGACAUCCUUUGCCAGUUAUGCACGGACGAAAACAUUAAAGUAGCCGUUUCGGGCGACGACGACUCCAAGAAGAACCUCGCCAAGAGCGCAGGAUCCAAGGUGCUCAACAAACUCGGCGGCUUCGGCAGCAUGUUCGGGGGUGGCUCCAAGGACUCCAAGGAUGGCGCCAAGGAGUCUGGUGGCAAGGAGAGCGCUGCCGAGACGCGCCCCGCUGCUGACGUCAUCCGCGAGCUCCCGGAGAAGGAGAAGGACAACCUGGCCGACACCAUCCAGAACACCCUGAAAAACUUUGGGGACUUUAAGGACCCCGGCGCCCUGAUGAAGCUCCUCACCGAGAACGCCAUGGUCAAGUCUCUCGUCACCAAUGCCAUCAAGAGCUUCUUGAGCAACUUCCUGAAGGGUGCCGGCGGCAGUGCCUAAGCAACCUGCCCAUCCCGCAGCUGGCGCUCUGGCUUGCACCCGCCGUCCAUAGCGCAACAAAAAUCGAGAAGUCUGUUUUGUGUUUUCCGCAAUACUGCCCCAGGGUGCAAUGCGCGGGUGAAACGUUGUCGGGGCUGCUUUGUUGUCUGUCCUCUCUCGUUUCCUUGGGCUGCCGAGAGAAUUGGGCUGCGCUUUGGGUGUACCUUCCUGUUGUCGUCGUGGGUUGGUUGGUGGCUCCCUCCAUCCUAGUCGGAUGUGGUUGUUUCUGGCGAGCUUCUCGUCCUUUUUCUCAUUCGUCUUGGUGCAUUUUCUUUUGUGGAGCUGAUUGGUUUCGGCUUUUGAAAAUGUCGUGGAUUCUUUCAGACUGUAAACUGGUCAGAGUACCUGAAUCUGGUUGUUGGGAUGCAAAGAUACAGAAAAUAUUGGGGAUGGGAGUUGCGUUGUUGGCAGACAGCUCUGCCAUCAGAUAAUCUCUUUUCUCGUGUAUAUUGUUGGCAUAGUCAUUGGAGGUUCCUCCGAUCGCUGAUUUACAACUUCAUGUGGCAGGGUGGUGCUCCACAGCUGGAGGGCAUUACUCGAAAAGGACAUUUGUCGAGAUUUAAAGUCAAGUCGAAUACAAAUCUGUUGCUCCAAAGUUUUUUUUGAACAUAUAAGAAUAAUUAUUCAAACAGCACUGCAGGUAUAUUUAUAACUUGUGUGAGAAGUAUGCAGUACACUGCUGAGAUUUCAGUGGUGCUGGAGUUUUUUGAUGCCCCUCUUUUCACCUACUGAGAUUCCUCAGGGAUUCUUUUCAGUGUGAUUCGCAGCACUGCUGUCCGCUUUCACUUGGACGCAUAUUGCUAAUGAGCACUCGUUUUGUUGUUUGGGCAUUUUUUACUCGUGCUCAUGAUUUUUAUUUUCUUUUUUGUAAGGGAAUUUCAGAGAAGGAGAAAGGCUUGCCUGGAGGAUAAUCCCAAAAUGAAUAUGCCCCCAAGCAGUAGAUGAUGCCGACAAGUAACCUGCUUUUUGAUGCAAAACUUUGUGCACUGCAAGCCUAUCGAACCAGUCGCCUUACAUUGCUAGGAGCAUUGUUGAGGCUGAAACUUAGCCUAGAGUUGCUUUGGUCUUUUUUAUUUACUUUAUAUAUUAUGCUUUAAUGCAGCCUCAUCUUGAUGUGCACUGCCAACGUUUCUAACUAAGGUGACUUCUGAUUGACACAUUCAGUUUUGUGUCCUCUUCAGUGUCUAUUCACAUUUUGUUACCCAUCCUUUGUUUGUUAUGGGCCCAUGGAGGCCUAUUGUUUACUUAUUUUCAUAUCCCUGGAACAAAACUGUAGGAAAAAACAUAAGUUUUUAACUUCGUUGUGUACUAAGAAAGGUUCACUGUUUUGGGAGUCGUCCUUAAAAAGUAUGUGAGAACAAUCACACCAGAGGUUAAUGUUUGUUUAUGUGAAGCCCAAUUCGUGUUCGGUGUAGGUUCAUAAGUGUUGUGACUGAUGACCUGUAAGCAAAUCAUUAUUUUUGUUGAACAAUUUAUCAGUUUCAUUUAGAGGCAAAUAAUACUUGUUGUGCAAAAAAUGAGGUGCGCACUGUAUUGACUAUGUAUUUAUGUUGCAUUGUUACAUCAUGCAGCUAUUGUGAGCACUUCAAUAAAAUGUAUAGAAAAGCA